AUGAUUUCAUCGAGACCAAAGAGAAGCCAAACGUUACCUCCAGUGCUUAGGUCUCCAUUUGUUGUACGAGCUGUUGAGAUUGAUAGUAAUUUGACGAAGGAGGAGAAUAUCAAAUCGAAUUGGGUAUUCAGCUUAUGUGGAAAUCCAACGGACAAUCUUUUUCAUAGCAUAAAUGGUCAACGUGGGGAAAGAUACAUGUUCGAGAGCUUAUAUCCUGGAAAAUAUCUUUUUUCUGGGACUAUUGAUUGUUUUGUUGAAGUGUUAAACUAUGAUGAGAGAGUAAUGAAUUUGGACACUCCUGCAUGUUUCUUUUUCAAUACAAUAGUAUUGGAUCCUGCAUACAUGCAUAGUAAAGCAUGUAAAUCUGAUGAUGAGUACAACAAUUUUAAAGAAAAUGUUGUUCAUUGUUGGGAGAGUCUAAAUACAGAAGAAAGUUAA